AUGGAGGCAGCCAUGAAACUAUGUCGGCAAUAUUUCCUAGAGUUACCAACUCCAGAGCCUAACAGAACCCGAUUCAUAGCUCGCAGAGAGUCUUAUCACGGGACAACUCUGGGUGCUUUGUCCGUGGGCUGCCAUGUCGGUCGGAGGGCGGUAUAUGAACCCAUCUUGAUGCAGAACAUCUCACACGUUUCCCCAUGCAACGCCUAUAGAUACAAGUUGGACAACGAAAGUACAACAGAAUAUGUGGCAAGACUCGCAAAAGAACUAGAUGACGAAUUCCAGCGCGUGGGGCCUCAGAAUGUUUGUGCCUUUAUCGCAGAGCCGGUUGUUGGCGCGGCGCUUGGAUGUGUCCCAGCUGUCGAGGGAUAUUUCAAAGCGAUGAAAUCCGUAUGCGACAAGUAUGGGGCCCUUUUGGUGCUUGACGAGGUUAUGUGUGGGAUGGGUCGAACAGGCACGAUGCAUGCCUGGGAAUACGAGGGAGUUGUUCCCGAUAUUCAAACCAUAGGCAAGGGCCUUGGAGGCGGAUAUGCACCUAUUGCAGGGUUACUUGUUGGUCAUCAUGUUAUUAAGACUUUGGAAAAUGGUUCUGGUGGCAGACGAUUUUCCCAUGGACAAACCUACCAGGCGCAUCCGAUUUCAUGUGCAGCAGCGGCAGAAGUGCAGCGUAUUAUGAAGAAAGAAGAUCUUGUGCACAAUGCAUCCUUCAUGGGCAAGUACUUGGAAAGCCUGCUUAAAGAGAAGCUUGGCCAUCACCGUUAUGUUGGUGAUAUUCGCGGUCGUGGACUCUUUUGGGGUAUUGAAUUUGUCAAAAACAAAGACUCCAAAGCUCCAUUCGAUCGCGAGCUCGACAUUGCCAUGCUAGUUCAUCAAAAAGGUCUCGGUUUAAAUGAGGACGGCGGCAUAUUGUUGUACCCAGGAAACGGAACAGUCGAUGGCCAAGUUGGCGAUCACAUUUUGAUUGCGCCGCCAUAUAACGUAACGAUGGUUGAUAUAGACCUGAUCGUUGAUCUUACGGUCAUGGCGAUUGAGGCAGCAUUUGAAGAUAUGGCAGACCAAUUAGCAGAAUAG